AUGCAGAUACCUGCUCGAACUAGCUCUGCCCCACCAAAUUUUGAUUCCUUAAAAGCUAAUAAACUUCCAACUCCAUCAAUCCCAAAACAACAAUUACAAAGAAAAGAUGAUGUUUUUGUUUAUGUUUCUGUUGUUCAAGGACAAGUGACAGAUGUUCCUCAAGCAAUUCCUAGAAUGUUCCAGAACAUGUUUCCUUUUGCUACAGGACAG